AUGACGCAUAACCAAGCCAAAGUAUUCAGUGGUGGAUUAGAGUCUGCCUCUUCUGUUGUCAGCUCUGGCAUUCUCAUCUCUUUGUGGAAACUUAUCUCAGAUCUGUACGCAGAAACCCAUUCAAACCAGAACCUGUUCUGGAAAAUAGUUAGCAACGAAUUAGGUUUGACCAUUAUAACGUUUGGGACUAACCAAAACCACGUUCAACCCGAUUUGCUUCCUUUCUCGAACGACAACCCCUUCAAAUUUAUCUGUUCCAAAACCAACCCCAUCUUCUCCCUCAAUCACUCUGCAUUUUCCCUCUUCAAUGCAUAUGGAACCUAG